AUGCCAGGAACAACAUUAGAUGGGCCGGCAGUAGUUAUGAGCUUUGCCAAUAAUUUUUGGGGAAAAGAUGACGCAGGAGUCGAGCCUUUACUCCAACGUAUGCACAAUGCUAAGCAGACUUGCGACGAAUUAAAGUCUUUCUACUCUGCACGCUCUGCAAUAGAAGAAGAAUACUCCCGUAAACUGUUAUCACUAUCCCGGAAAUCUCUGGGCUCACAAGAAACCGGAACACUCAGGGCAUCCAUGGAUGUCCUUCGCGGAGAAAUAGAACAAAUGGGAAAAUCGCAUCAAAAUAUUGCAAGUCAAAUGAAGACUGAACUAGAAGAGCCUUUAGCAGCGUUUUCAGGGGCUUUGAAGGAACGACGAAAAAUUGUUCAAAGUGGUAUUGAGAAACUACACAAAGCAAAACUUCAGCAGACAAAUCAUGUAAAUAAGACUCGAGAUAGGUACGAACAAGAGUGUCUAAAGAUCAAAGGGUACCUAGCUCAGGGCCAUAUGGUAAUGGGGCAAGAAGAACGAAGAAAUAAAGCGAAAUUGGAGAAAACGCAAAUUCACUUGGCCGCAUCCAACACCGAGUACGAGAAUGCUGUCAAGGUACUCGAGGAUACUACUGGAAGGUGGAAUAGAGAUUGGAAAGCCGCCGCUGAUAAGUUUCAAGAUCUCGAAGAGGAGAGACUCGACUUUACUAAAAGUAGCCUUUGGAGUUUUGCAAAUAUAGCUUCAACUGUUUGCGUCAGUGAUGACGCUUCAUGUGAAAAAAUCCGAUUAUCGCUAGAAAAAUGUGAAGUAGAGAAGGAUAUCGCUUCAUUCAUCAAAGAGUCCGGGACAGGGCAGGAAAUUCCAGAUCCCCCAAGGUAUAUAAACUUCUGUAGAGGCGAUGUCAGCGACACUCAAUCAGAAGUAUCUGAUACUGAAAAUUACUGCCUCGCACAAUUUCAAAGAACGAUCAAUCCUGCAUACAGAAGCUCAUCACCCCAGCCAUCAACAUAUGAAUCUCAUCACGAUUCUCAACUUGCUUUAUCCAUGGGGUCCGGUCACGACCCUAUCUCACCUGUCAACCAAGAAACAAAUGUCACUCCUCAAAAAUCUAGGUCAAGACAACCACGAGUAGAAGAUCUACAGGAAACUAAUGAAUCUCCAGCGAAUCACCAAGUCCGACCACCACGAGAACAACAACAACUUGGAUACGAUUCUCCCCGAUCAAUGAGACAAUCUCAGACGAGUCUCCAAUCUGAAAGCUUAACACCCAGACGGGUGUCUCUAUACCAACAGAGUCAGAACUCUCACUCAGAUGCCAUGAUAAGCCCUCGUGAUCCUUAUACCCGGGAAGACAGUACCUCAUUAAGCAGAACAGGACUGUCGUCAGCUCAAAGCCCAGCCCAAAGUCCCAGCGCGAGAUCAUCUAGCCGUAAUUCCCAGAGCGAUCUAACAUCAUAUUCAAGUCACGAAGUCGCUAGCAAUAAUGCGUCACCAACUAAGCAGGCGAGCCCUCAAGUCGAAGGACAAGCCUUCAAGAGAAAGAGCGGCUUCUUCCAAAACCAUGGCCCCUUUCGACGUCGGAGCAACAAGGAUAAAGACAGAUCCCGUACCACAACCCCAAAUAAGAAUACGUGGGCCUCAUCAACGCCCAGCACUCCCAAUAGCAGUAAUAGUCGCCUCCAAGGUUAUGGUAAAAGCCCACAAAAUCUCUCUCCUGAUCGUUCGAACGGCAAUCUAGAGCCAACUGAUAAUUUGACGAAUUAUCAGCUCAACGUAGGUAAUAACGUAUUUGAUAUUGAAACCUCUAAUAGAAUGAGCAAGAACACACCAAAUACUGAGGUCUCACAAGACAAUUUCGAUCCAAUUGCCCAAGCUCUCGCCGAGCUUAAAGGGGUCACUAAAGGAUCAGCAACCCGAGUAUCCGCUGACAAGUAUCACGGGAUUGCAACACCUGCACCCGGUUCUACUCCAUCUAGACCUUAUGCACCUCAGGUGGCCAACGGAGCUCUAAUUUCAGGACUGCGCGGAACGCCUCCUCCAUCAUAUGAUAUGCCCGUGCAAAGGCUUGGUCUUCCCGAACCAGCUUUCACAUCGAAGGCAAUGCAGCAAACCAAGCAAAAAUAUGUCGUACAAACCCACAAUAUGUUCAAACCCUCAGGCCGAGCAGAGUCACGGGCUGGAUUUGAACCUAGCAAUCAGUCUCGGCCAACAACCCGCGGUAAGGAAAUACCAAGGGCCGUAUCACCUACUCCACGUGGCUCCACGCCUCGUCCAGAAUUGCAAGUGGAAACGCGACAGAAUUACCGCUCGGCAUCUCCUAAUCCCCACAACGGGAGCCCACAGCUUCGCUCUCAGACUAUAACGCCUCAGCGAGGACGGGCAUCAGACCAAAACCACUACAUACAGAACUCAUCAAACAGCAUGAGAGUGACUUCAUCAGCACCACUGCGUGAUUCUGAGAGACCAUCGAGCCGGCAAGUGAAUCGAGACUCAUCUAUGCAGAUGCAACUCGCUCCUACCUCGGAGAGAAAUAUAGUUUCUCAUCCAGGGCGGAGCCAUAGAGCCAAUGGAAGCAUGAGUCCUCGGCCAACUAGCCAAUAUGGAAACAGAGGAAAUCAGCAGCAACUCACAACGCGACAAAGAAGCAAGAGUGUUGCGGAUAUUAGACAGUACAAUAGCCAGGGCAGACCAAUUCUUCACUUUGCUCGUGCGCUUUAUAUGUAUCAAGCCGUAAUACCCGAAGAACUUAGCUUCGCCAAAGGCGACGUCCUUGCGAUACUUCGCUACCAGGAUGAUGGAUGGUGGGAAGCUGAGGUCGCAGGAAAAAAUGAAAGGCCUGGCCUCGUCCCCAGUAAUUAUCUGCAAAAUUAUUGA